AUGGCUUCACUAUUUAGGCCCCCAGAGUCGACGAAAUGCAACCCAAAUUCUCCGAGACUAAAACUGCCCUCCCUAAGGAAUAACCAGUUAGAUGAUAGUAAUAUAUAUUCGAUAUCUAACGGGAGCUCUACCACAGGCCAUACUCCAGAGCCGUUGACUUCUUCCACAUCCACGCUAUUUUCUCAACAUCGAACUUAUUCAAGCGAUUCCUCCAUGGCUCUAAACACCAUAAAGAAGAGGCCUGCUCCACCAUCUUUAACUUCAUUGAGCACGAGCACACUACCUACAAGCAAAACGCGACCCCCCCUUGCGCCUAUUACCGAUGUAUCAGACUCCAGGCAGGAUCUAGAAUUGAAACAGAAAGCAAUAGUCGCAAGUGAGCCUUCGGAUAGUAGUGAUAUGAUCUCUCCGUCGAUAGCAAGCCCUUUUUCACAUACGAACACAUCUUCUCCCUAUCUUAGAACUGACCUGAACAAUUCGGUGGAGUCUGAUUUUUCAAAUUUGAUAUCGGCAUAUGAACAAAGCUCAAGUCCGAUUAAGCCAUUACCUCGUCAGACUGCAACACCUACUGAACCAUAUACGAACUUGAACAGCGCGCAAGACGUCGAUCAACUGGAUGAAAACGGUUGGAAAUAUACUAACUUGAAGGAUAAAAUAGAGACUCUAGGUGUCCUGGGAGAAGGCGCAGGUGGAUCUGUGUCCAAGUGUAAACUGAAAAAUGGAUCUAAGAUAUUUGCUUUGAAAGUAAUCAAUACAUUAAAUACAGAUCCUGAGUUCCAAAAACAAAUAUUCAGAGAACUACAAUUCAACAAAAGUUUUGAAUCCGAAUAUAUCGUACGGUAUUAUGGAAUGUUUACAGAUGAUCAAAAUUCCUCAAUAUACAUUGCUAUGGAAUACAUGGGCGGCAGAUCAUUGGAUGCAAUUUACAAAAAUUUAUCAAACCGUGGAGGUAGAAUCGGUGAGAAGGUUCUUGGGAAAAUCGCCGAAGCAGUGCUAAGAGGACUAUCGUAUUUGCAUGAAAAGAAAGUUAUUCAUAGAGAUAUCAAACCACAAAACAUUCUUUUGAACGAGAAUGGACUGGUGAAGCUUUGUGAUUUCGGAGUCAGCGGAGAAGCCGUAAACUCGCUAGCUACAACUUUUACUGGGACUUCCUUUUAUAUGGCUCCAGAAAGGAUUCAAGGCCAACCAUAUAGUGUUACAUCUGAUGUGUGGUCACUUGGAUUGACAAUUUUAGAAGUGGCGAAUGGGAAGUUUCCUUGCUCUUCAGAGAAAAUGGCAGCGAAUAUAGCUCCGUUUGAACUAUUAAUGUGGAUCCUAACAUUCACUCCCGAAUUGAAGGACGAUUCCGAAUCCGGUAUUAUAUGGAGUCCAUCAUUCAAAUCUUUCAUCGAUUAUUGCUUGAGGAAGGAUAGUCGUGAACGCCCUUCCCCCAGACAGAUGAUAAGUCACCCCUGGAUAAAGGGACAAAUGAAGAAGAAGGUCAAUAUGGAAAAAUUUAUCAAGAAGUGCUGGGAAGAUUAA